AUGAGCGGCUCCACGGAUGUUGUGCUUUUACAGCGACAACAAACAUGGCGGGGUGUUACCCGGCUGACCCGCCCGCCCGCUCGCGAAUCCGCGUUUUGCGCUGAUGUUUACGCGUUCUGUCACGUGCAACAGAACACUCACGUGACGCGCUGCCGGGGGAUGACGAGCGGACGCCGGGGCCGGGUCGGCGAGAAAGUGGAAAAAGCUCGCGAGAAGCGCGCCUGGCUAAACUUCCUCUCCCAGUGGAGCGUGAGGCCGCGCCGCGCUCCACGCGGCGGCUAUAGUUGUCUCUCUGGCCUGUGUUGGCAUCGCAGCUCUCCGAGGAAGCUGGCUUGUUUUCGUCUUGGGGGGAAUGUACACCGCAAAUCUAAUGAGGAAAAUGCCAGACAUGCGUGUGUCAUAACGAACGAAGAAAACGUCAUGGCAUACGUCAAAGUGCUUCCGGGCUUCAAAUUCAAUCAGUCACUUAAGACGGAGACUGCUAUUUCUACACGUACUCUUUUCCCUGUAUUGCGGAGGCCCUUCAAGACGAGCUCUAUCCCUCUUCUCACCACUCGCAAACGGUUAAACGCCUGCCCUGUACCGUCCCGCACACCAAUGACCCUGUAUUACACGUUUGUCUUCGGCAUCCUGGCCUUCGAGAUGGUCAUGUUUCUGCUGCUGGCAAUGCCGGUUCCCUCGAAGUUCCGCAAGCCCAUCACGAUGGCGCUGAUCAAGCCGUUCCGGCUCACGCAGGUGCAGGUCGCAAUCAAGUGUGUCCUGGCCUUCAUUCUGCUGCUGUUCAUCGACACCAUCAACCGGGUGUACAGUAUCAACAGCGAGCUCUCGCAGACGCCUCUGGCGUCGGGCGUCAGCGACCGCAACGAAGUGCAGAGCCGCAAGUUCUACGCGCAGAGAAACAUGUAUCUCACCGGGAUCACCCUGUUUCUGACCUUCACAGUGUUCCGCACCUACGGGCUUGUCUGGGAACUGCUGGAAAUGAAGGAGAAGUUCAGAGCUGUCCCCAACCAGAUGAACGUCGAGGACCUGCAGAAGCAGAUUGAGGCCGCAGACAAGGAGAUCGCAUCGAUGAAGGAGCGCGCCGAGGGUCUGCAGGCCGACAUGUCGGGCAGCAAUAACUAA